ACGGACAUGUUCUCUGCACGUGAAACAGCAGUCUCGUGCAGCACGUGAUCUGCGAGCAGACGUGAGAGUGAGUUGACACCCGACAGACAAGGACGAGCUACGACGGUGGGCGUUACACGAUGGCCCGUUAUUUGGUGCUGCUCCUUGUGAUUGCUACUGGGACCUAUGGGGAAAAUGCCGUUUUUCCAAAAGGAUACAUAAUGGAAGUCCUGCCCAGCUGUGGAAACAGCACCUCCGACAGCCCCUCCAUCUCCGUCGUCACCGACCUGAAGGCCCAGGCCCGAGCCGAAUGUGCCAACGGGGUGUUCUACUUCAACAACAUCGACAAAGCCAAACUCACCCUCCAGGUGUCGUUCAAGGGGAAGAACUCUGGCUUGUGCGAGUUUGUGAAACGUGCCGGUACCCCGGUGUACGUGGUGAAGGUGAUCGUGGUGUUCGGAGAGAAGGGUCGCAUGCUGGCACUGGAUGACCAAGUAGUCACCGUCACGUGUACAUAUGAAUCGAAGAAAACGAAGGAAACUGGAGCCCAUAAUGUCCACGGAGCCCUGAUAGCUCCCCCCGAGCUGCAGGAGCACCAGGGAAAACUGAGCACCACCUCCACACUGACGCUCGAGCUCACCGACAUCCUCGGCAACAACAUCACCGGGCAAACUAUUGACCUUGGAAGGAAGGUUCAACUGAAAGCAACGACAGACGGAGGUACAAAAGAGAAGGGUCUGCAUCCUGUGUCGUGUGACGCUAUCGGGACCAACACCAACAAAAGAUACGCCAUUCUCAGGGGAGGGUGCGGGGACGGUAUUGUCUUCAACAAGAGCGCUGGCUUCAUCGUGGACGGCCUUAUUGCCCGCAGCCCAUACUUCAAGUCCUUUCAUCUUGGGGACGACGCUGAAUUUAGUUUCGAAUGCAACUUCACACUUUGUGAAAAGAAAUGUGAUGGGAGUUCGUGCACAAGCGAGAGAAGGCGACGGGAGUCCCACAACGGCCGAUUGAACCACGCGUUUGACGACUACAUCCAGAUAGCUACCAUCUCCACACACUUCGGACAUGCUGAUGUGGCCAGUGACAAGGCCAGUGACAAGGCCAGUGACAGGGCCAGUGACGACGUUGAAGGUGUCGUUGAAAGCGAUAGUUAACGUGGAUCACGAUGUAAAGAGUGGAGAAUAAACCAUUGCGCUUGUGCAA